AAUGUCAUCCGACCUCCAAUUGUUUUUCUUAGGAAAGUGAAAUGAGAAUUUAGAGUAUACAGAUUUGUGCUUUAUUAAAUCCAUUUUCAUCUUGAGUGUAGUGCAAUAAAAUUCUGUGAAAAUGGCCAUGUUCCCUGGAACGGUGGCGUUUGAUGAGUAUGGGCGUCCAUUUAUAAUAUUAAGGGAUCAGGAUAAGCAAAAUAGACUUACCGGUUUAGAUGCUCUGAGGUCCCACAUUCAAGCUGCUCGCCAGAUCUCUGGAAUACUCAAAACAUCCCUUGGGCCUCGUGGCCUUGACAAAAUGAUGGUAUCAUCUGAUGGAGAUGUAACAGUCACCAAUGAUGGUGCCACCAUCCUCAAACUUAUGGAUGUGGAGCACCAGAUUGGAAAACUGAUGGUUCAACUAGCUCAGAGUCAGGAUGACGAGAUUGGUGAUGGAACAACUGGAGUAGUAGUGUUAGCAGGUGCCUUGUUAGAACAAGCUUCAAACUUGCUAGAUAAAGGCAUUCACCCAAUCCGGAUUGCUGAUGGUUUUGAAUUGGCAGCUGCCGAGGCAUUGGCACACUUGGACAGCAUUAGUGAGGCUUUCCCUGUCAACAAGAACACAAGAGAGCAUCUGAUUAAGGUCGCGAUGACGACAUUAGGCAGCAAAGUUGUUGUUAAGUGUCAUCGGCUGAUGGCUGAGAUUGCUGUUGAUGCAAUCCUCUCUGUGGCCGACCUGGAGAAACGCGAUGUCAACUUCGAGCUGAUCAAAGUGGAAGGCAAGGUCGGUGGCCGGAUGGAAGACUCCAUGCUUGUUCGUGGUGUUGUUAUUGACAAGACUAUGAGCCACCCACAGAUGCCUAAAGUUCUCAAGAACGCAAAACUGGCGAUCUUGACCUGUCCGUUUGAGCCACCAAAGCCGAAGACCAAGCACAAGCUGCAAGUGGGUAGUGUUGAGGAGUACCAGGAGCUCAGGAAGUACGAACAUGAGAAGUUCAUAGAGAUGGUGCGACGUGUCAAGGAUACAGGAGCAACUCUUGCAAUCUGCCAAUGGGGCUUUGACGAUGAGGCCAACCAUCUCCUCCUGGCUGAACAGUUGCCAGCCGUCCGGUGGGUGGGAGGACCUGAAAUGGAACUGAUUGCCAUCGCAACUGGCGGCAGAAUUGUGCCUAGAUUUGAGGAGUUAACUGCUGACAAGCUUGGCUCAUGUGGACUUGUCAGAGAACUUACAUUCGGUACGUCAAAGGACGAGAUGUUGGUGAUCGAGGAGUGCUCCAACUCGCGCGCGGUGACCGUGCUGGUCCGCGGCGGGAACCGGAUGAUAGUCGAGGAGGCGAAGCGAUCCGUCCACGAUGCGCUGUGUAUCGUGCGCAGUCUAGUACAGGACUCUCGCGUGGUGUACGGCGGCGGGGCGGCCGAGGUCUCUUGCUCGCUGGCCGUGGCUCGUGCUGCAGACCAGCUCAGCUCCCUGGACCAGUACUCCUACCGCUCAUUCGCAGACGCGCUCGAGGCGAUUCCACUCGCGCUCGCAGAGAACAGUGGUUUGUCACCCAUUGAUGCACUGUCAGACAUAAAAGCUCGCCAGGCCGCUGAGAACAACAGCAAUCUUGGUGUGGACUGCAUGAGUAAAGGCUUAAAUGACAUGAAAGAAUUGAAUGUCAUUGAGUCACUCCACUCGAAGAAACAGCAGAUAGCGCUGGCCACUCAGCUCGUUAAGAUGAUACUGAAGAUUGACGACGUUCGCUCGCCGGCCGACGCGGUGCAGUAAUCUGUGCCUUGUGUUAACAUUGUUAGAGUUUAAUUUCGUGUGCUAUAGAGUGCUCGGUGAUGUAAAAGUGAAGUGAUUAUAAAUUGCGAUGCCUGAGUGCAUACUGUUAAUGUAAGGAUUGUUGAAGACCGGCUAUUCUUAAAUGCUUGUAAGUCUAAUAUUUUUAAUGCAAUCAUUACUAUUUUAAAGUUUAAAAUAGUUAACAUUUUUGGUGUAUACAUACAGGCCUUGGAUGGUUAAUGUUCAACACUUAGAUAAUUUAUAUGUCUAGAUAAGAGUGUUUUGCUGUUAUACAACCAAUGUAAACAGGCCAGGUUUGAUACUUUGGUAUGUGUUACAAGCUAUGCAACUCUCGACUUGUAUGUCACUUUGUGUUAGUGUGUGUGCAUUGCUAAAAAUAGAGGUUAACUCAAAUCUCUAUCUUUUUCUAUAUUUUAACAGCUGUCAUAGUUUAUCUAGGUGUAUUAAUGAUCUAAGGUUGAACACAUAUUGUGUGAUUACUGAUAUAUAUGAUUACAUUCAUCCUGAUAAUGUUUAAACAUCAAAAGCACUAUGGUAUUUCACACUAAGGUAUUUUUAAACAUAAAAGCAUAAAAAAUGAAAACUUGGUCUUGGUAUAGUCAAAUAUUAUUAAUUAGCUGUCCUGUUAGUAUCACCAUAAUAUGAUAAGACACUUGAUCCACCACUGGCUUUCAAGGUAUUCGCUCAGGAAACAUACAAGCAAAUAUAGAUCCUGUAUGAUUAAAUGACAGAAAUAUAUUUUUAGUUAAUUACAGACUGUUCACAUUGCAGGCUACCAUUUGCUCCACUACUUUGUCACAGCGACAAAAGCUAACAAUACUCACUUGUGCAAGGCACUCCUAGUUAACAAUCAUUGUCUACUACUUAUAAGAAUGGUUAUCUGCCUUGCUUAUUGCUAACUCAUUUCUAGCUCUUACUAUAGAGCACCUACUUUCUUGUUCAUUGCUAGUGGUGAGACAAGUGCCCAAAGAUGUUAUAUUUUUCUGGUAUUGCAUACUAUAUAGAUAUUGCAAAACCCAUUCAUCUUUCAUAAAAAAGUUGGAAGCAUAAUAAUAAAUUGUAAAAAAGUUUUGAUAACUAAUAACUGGUAGUGUUUACAUUUUAUAAUAUAUCAUUAGGAAGCAACAGUUGAUUUGAAGAAAAAAACUUAUUGUUUUUUAAGAUUAUCUUUCCAUCACCUUGUCUUUAUAACUAAAAGCCAGUAUUUUAAUGUAUGUACUGCAUUUAAGUUUUAUUAUUAUUACAAUGUCACAAUAAAUAUAUUUAUUUCAACUUUGUAUGUUAUUAACAUUUAACUUUUGCUUUGAAUUGUUUGGUGAGGAUGUGAAUAUGCCUUAUUUACAAAAUAAAAAAGUAAUACAAA